AUGGGAAAGAAAAAGCGGUCGGGAGGUUGCUGCGGUUGGUUCUUGGUGUCGUUAGUUUUGGCGGCCAUUGCAUUCGGAAUUUUCGUAAUCGUGAAACAUAACACGAUGAAAUCCGAUCCGGAAGCCUCCCCUGUUCCCGGCCCUCCCGGCGCCAUCACAAAGAAAUAUGCCGACGCUCUUAAGAUCGCCGUGCAGUUUUUCGACGUGCAGAAAUCCGGGAAGCUGGUGAAAAACCCGAUACCCUGGAGAGGAGAUUCGGGCUUGAAAGAUGGGAGUGAGUCAAAAAUCGAUCUUUCGAAGGGAAUGUACGAUGCUGGGGACCACAUGAAGUUCAAUUUUCCAAUGGCUUUCACGGCCACGAUUUUGUCGUGGGCCAUACUCGAGUACGGUGAUCAGAUGAAGGCGGUGGACCAGUUGGAGCCAGCUCAAGACUCUCUCAGGUGGAUCACUGAUUACCUCAUUAACUCACAUCCUUCUGACAAUGUCCUCUACAUUCAGGUGGGUAACCCUAAACUCGACCACGCGUGCUGGACCCGACCCGAGGACAUGACCGAGAGGCGACCUCUCGUUCAGGUUAACGAGUCGGCUCCUGGCACGGAGGUUGCAGCCGAGACGGCCGCCGCCCUCGGGUCAGCCUCCCUCGUCUUCAAGUCCACGGACCCCACGUACUCGGGCACGCUCUUGAAGCACGCGGUACAACUCUUCUCUUUCGCGGACAAAAACCGAGGCUCCUACAGUAAGAGCGUGCCCGAGGUCCAAACUUACUACAACUCGACCGGCUACGGGGACGAGCUCUUGUGGGCCGCGGGAUGGCUUUACCACGCGACGGGCGAGGGCUCGUAUUUGGAAUAUGCGACCGGGAAAAACGGGGACGAUUUCGCCGAUUGGGGCCGGCCCACUUGGUUCAGCUGGGACAACAAGCUGGCGGGAGCAGAGGUGCUGCUCUCUAGGGUUGGGUUUUUCGACGGCUCGAAUUCGGAGAAGCUGAAGAAUUAUAGGAAAUCUGCAGAGGCUGUGAUGUGCAAUCUUCUUCCAGAGUCUCCAUCUGCCACAUCUAGCCGAACAAAGAGUGGUUUAAUAUGGGUGAGCGAGUGGAACGCUUUGCAGCACCCAGUGGCAUCGGCUUUUCUAGCACUACUUUACAGUGAUUAUAUGCUCUCUUCUCGAACUCCAAAGAUUGUUUGUGAUGGCAAUAAUUUUACUCCCAAAGACCUUCGAAAUUUUGCAGCCUCACAGGCCGAUUACGUUUUGGGCAACAACCCCAUGAAAAUGAGCUAUCUCGUGGGGUACGGUGACGUGUACCCGGAGCACGUGCACCACCGUGGGGCUUCCAUUCCGGCCCACGAGAAACCGGGCUGCAAGCAAGGCUUCAAGUGGCUCGAGUCGGAUGAGCCCAACCCGAACGUGGCCACUGGUGCGCUCGUCGGUGGGCCGUUUCUUAACGAGUCGUAUGUUGAUGUGAGGAACAAUUCGAUGCAAGGCGAGCCCACGACCUACAAUAGUGCCGUUUUUAUCGGGCUUCUUUCGGGCUUGGUGACUACAUCGUCCGUCUUGCAAUCGUUUGCUUAA